AUGUUGUUCAAAGCCUCGAUCUUGUUGAUCUUGUUGGCUUUCGUGAAAACAGCACACUUAUCUUCCACAAAAGAUUAUCCGAAUGUGCAGUGCUUGGUCAAAAAAUAUGUUUACAAUCUUGAAUGUCCUACUCCAUUGGAUGUCAAAGAAAUGUGCAAUGAAACCGAAGUGAUGUUAAAGGCUGAUUUUGAGGACGCUCGAAUCUUUGGAGCUCGAGUUGCGGCCAUGCUUUGUGAUGGACAGGAUUCUGAUGAAGUCUUCAAAACUCUCGAAUGCACACAAGAAGGGAAGAAUCGGAAGGAAUUCUUGUGCAAU